AUGGAGAACAAUAACCUCAAUUCGCAUUCGCCGCUGGAAUUCACAAACGCUGGAGAAGCUCUCCAAUCCGGCCCGCAACACCAUGGAGGACAGAAUCAUCCCCAGCAGCCGAUAUUUGGUCACCAUGGUCAACAGCAGCAGCCACGCUCAAUCCCUUCGGAUCCGUACCUCGCCCAGUUUUUCCAACAACAGCAAGCCUACACGAACCAAAUGCUCCAGCAGCAACAACAGUUCAUACAGCAACAACUUACACAAUUCCGGGACGCCCUGUUAGCCAUCAACGUUCAGGUCCCCUCCAAUCCGGAAAUCAUUCUCGACUCUUUGGCCAACAACGUGAAGGAAUUCCGUUUCGACCCAGAGAGCAACAUAACCUUCGCCACGUGGUAUGGGAGGUACGAUGAUCUCUUCGAAAAAGAUGCUGCAAGGCUUGAUGAUCCAGCAAAAGUUCGCCUGCUCAUGCGAAAACUUGGAGCAGCGGAGCACGAGCGCUACGUAAGUUUCAUCCUCCCUAGGCAACCAAAAGAUUUUACAUUCACGGAGACAUUGGACAAAUUAAAAGUCAUUUUCGGUUCCACUGAAUCCGUGCUCAAUCGCCGUUACCGUUGCCUACGUCUGGAGAAACAACCAAACGAGGACUACACCUCCUAUGCUUGCCGCAUAAAUAAAUCUUGCGUCGAAUUCGAGCUGCAGAAACUCUCCGAGGAGGAGUUUAAAUGUUUGAUGUUCGUCUGUGGCCUGAAAGCAGAAAAAAAUUCCGAGGUGCGAACUCGCUUGCUGUGUAAAAUUGAGGAUAGACGGGACGUCACACUUGAGCAGCUAUCCGAUGAUUGUCAGCGUCUUCUAUCCCUCAAAAGAGACACCGCAAUGAUUAAAGCUACACCGCCGGCCGCGGUGCAACAGUUAAAACGUCAUCAUCAUCAUCAUCGAAACAACAACAAACAUCCAGCUGCAAAGGUAAACAGUUCGAACAAGAAUCUACCUUCUACUCCGUGCUGGCUCUGUGGUGCCAUGCACUAUGUGCGUGAUUGCAGUUUUAAGGGACACAAGUGCAGCACCUGUGGCAAUACGGGCCAUCGUGAAGGAUAUUGCUCAACAGCGAGACAGAAUCGGAAAUUUUCCAGCCGAAACAACAAGCCUCAUCGAGUCUACACAAAAACGGUGAGUGUCCUUGUAAAUAAGUUGCAUAAUAGCCGUCGUUUCGUUCAAGCUAAGCUAGACGGCAUUGAUGUACGUCUCCAAUUGGACACUGGUUCCGACAUCAGCGUUAUUUCCCUCAAAACAUGGGAGCGUAUGGGUAAACUGCCAGGUACUCGGUCGUUCAGGUCAGCGGAAUCGGCAUCCGGAGAUCACUUGAGGUUGCUUUUCCGUUUCGAUUGUGAUGCCAUUAUCCACGAUGAGAAACGCCGUGCUCAAUUCCACGUCGUUGAUAGCCCACUCCACCUACUGGGCAUCGACAUGAUGAACGUCUUCCAGCUAUGGUCAAUUCCGAUCGAUACCUACUGCAAUCUCAUCACUCGUUGCUGUGACAGCGUGGAAUCAUUAAAAGCAACCUUCCCUGCUGUCUUCCAAGAGCGACUCGGUCUCUGCAACAAAACCCAAAUCCAUCUGCACCUCAAGCCUGACGCAGUCCCCGUCUUCCGUCCGAAACGUCCCGUAGCCUAUGCGAUCUACAACACCGUGGACGAUGAACUUGAUCGCCUGGAACGGAUAGGAAUCAUCUCUCCAGUCGACUACUCCGAUUGGGCUGCGCCUAUCGUCGUGGUGCGAAAAUCGAACGGCACGAUUCGCAUCUGCGGCGAUUAUAGUACUGGUCUCAACACGGCUCUUUAACCUCACCAGUACCCCCUUCCGUUGCCGGAGGAUAUUUUUGCGAAGCUGGCAAACUGCACCGUCUUCAGCCAAAUCGAUUUGUCGGAAGCGUUCCUGCAGGUGGAGGUCGACGAAAGCAGUAGGCACCUUUUAACGAUAAACACUCACCGUGGCCUCUAUCGUUAUAAUCGUCUUUCGCCUGGGGUAAAAACAGCUCCUGGAGCCUUUCAGCAAACUAUCGACGCUAUGCUGGCAGGCCUACCGGGCAUCUCUGGUUACAUUGAUGACUUGGUAGUUGGUGGAAAAACCCCGGAAGA